AUGGUCGAGCCACGAUCAGAAUAUGGACAUCAUUUUCAGAUCCAUUUGUUCUUUUCUGUUUCUCUUUCAGCUACUUCCCAUGGGUUUUAUUCAAAUGAACGGUUACAAGAGCUUGCAAAACCAAAGCCAACCAAAGACGUAUGGAAUUUUCAUCGCAGGUUAAUCUGGGGAAAUCAAGAUCCAAUAUGGCCUCUCACUUCAAGGAAUAUGCUGAGACAGCCCAGCUCAAGAAUCCUGACUCUAGCAAGGCCAAAGGAAGCAGUUGAUAAACCGAAGAGUAAAUCCCUCUUCUGGUACAGCUGUGGACAAAUGUCAGAGAUUUGGAAACGUUCUUCAACAGUGUAUUCUGCACUGCCAUCAAAGCGAUUGCUGAAGCUAGCAGAACCUAGGCCAAUUUCUGCAACUUAUCUGAAACUAAGGCCACGAAUUUCCCCUGUGUGGCCUAUCAGCUCCUCAGCCCUUUGUUGCAAAGCUUCCCAGCGGAUUCUGAGUCUUGCUCAAGCGAGGACUAUCCAUCCAAACUUUAGUUUUCCAGUACAGUCUGAAAGAGUGAUUUCAAAGGCUGCAAGAAGAGCUGAAACUACCCCAAGAUUACAGCAACUUGCCCAGCCAGUAGUUAGGAAACAAAUGCAGUUCUAUGAAAAUACAAGCCUGGAGGUCCCAAUCCGCCAAAUACCCCUGACUGCUCUGCAAGCAGUCCCAACUCCAAGGCUACUUGAACUAGCUAGACCAAAAGUAAUCCCUUGCGAGGGGGCCCUGUAUCGUUCCCCUGAGUGGCCUGUGUCAGCAGCAGCCAAGCAGGCAGUAGCCUCUCCUCGAAUCACGGAACUCUCUCAGCCUCCCAACAGGGCUCCAACGAAUCUCGUGCAGUUUAAUCCAGAUGCCUUUAUUGUAAAGGAGUCUGCUAAGAAAGCACUUUGUACAGAAAGAGUCAAGACCUUAGCACAACCAAUUACUCGUUGAUCACGCUUAUCACGCACAUC